UCCUCGCGAAGAGAGCUGAACCAUGAACUAAGCUACGAGAGCUCGUUGCUUAUGACUCAGUCACCCGUUAGAAGGCGUAGGGUGAAGUGUCAAUCGCUCAUGGACGUUAACCUGUGACUUGCUUCACCGCGACUUUUGAAGUGUUAACGAAAAUGAUUUACCGGAAAGUAAUUGGACGUAAGAGACCAUCAUGAACAAAAACUAGGCCACUACCAUGGCAGGUCUGCGAGUCAAAGAUCACCACCGACCGUGGCAAAAUGGUGUCAUUGUUUGCCUGUUCCGCCUUCUCAUUAUCAAACGUCCACCAUCCUCCUUAUUCUCAAGAAGGAUUUGCUCUCACGUUGAUGACUGUUCCAGAAUUUUUGCCAAGAAAGAAUUUAAAGUGCUGCGACAGAUGACCACACUAAUAAGUUUUCAGUGGUGAAGCAUCCCAGUAAUAACAAUUUACAGAUUUUUCUCGAAAAUCUUGCAAAACGUAGUGAUAUACAUUCCCACUGAUAUUCUCUGUUAGUGCUGUUACUUCACUGGAAGAAGUUUUUCUUUAAAUGAAUGAAAGUGGACCCUACAUGUAAAUGGUAUUCCGAAGUGAAAAUAGUGCAAGUUGGAGUGAGAUCUAUUCGAGUGACAAUAAUACACUCCAUGACAAUCAAGUUAGACGAAAUAUGUCAAGUUCUUCAAGCGAACACCGAAAUUCAAGCCACAGUGUAACAAGGAAGGCUCUUAAGGCUACAACUUGCUACAUCUGUGACAAAGUUGUGAAGGAUUACCGCCUGUCAUCUCACUUGCUUUUCGGUUCCCUCCAGUGCAGAGACUGUGAUCUGAAGUUUAGACGUUGCCGAGAUUUCGAUUCCUUUCGGCGAUCUAAGGACGAGAAGGUCAGUGGUUCUUGCGCUCAUCAGACCUUAAGAUGGACAAGAGACCCAGCCGAAUACCUGGAGAGGAAGCUUCAGAAGGAUAUGAAAAGUCUCAAGUCGGGACACCACCGCCCUUCCACCAGAGAAGUUGUCAAGGAAAUGCUUUCCUACAUAAGCAACCUGAAGCCUAUUGAAAAUAAGUCACCCUGGAGACGCGCUAUAGAGAAAUUAAAGAAGUUUAUAUCACUGAAAACAGAGAAACUUGACGGGACCAACCGCCAUGGAGGAGACAAACGAUCGUCUGAAAAUUAUGGCUUAUAUCCUAGCAAAAAGAAACACAAUACCAGCAGAGAUACUGAAAAUUAUAAGGGUGGUUCUCAAGACUUCGGGAGAGAUGGUAAAAAUGAACACUACCUUAAUGUGGCAAAUUUUAUAAUAGAUCAAUUCGAAAGCCACAAUGAAGCUCAAAGUACAAAUGGUUCCAGCGAUGAUUUUAUGGUACCUCAGUAUAGUGAAGAAGUGAUAAUUCCUCAGUCAGAGUGGGAAAUUGAAGCUCAGCCCAUCAGUGAAUUUCAGGAAUGUGACAAAUCUAUUGAAAUAUCUCUUGGAAAUGGAUUUAGUGAUAAAAUUUCAUUCAAUGUCGAGGAAGUCUGGAUCACAAGAGAUAGAGAACUGGGCCCGAUGACUUUGAUCAUUGAUAAUGCAAAUCAAUCUACACAAAUUGCUGAAGAGAUCGCCACAGCUCUAGAAGACAGUGUAGCACCAUCAAAAGAAUUCUCUGAAAGUAGCUCACAACAGUCUGUGGAUAGCCUAAAGAACACUCCUACAUCAGAAAAUGUGAUAGAUGAAAAAGAUAGAAAGAGUGACGCACGUAAAAAAGAUAAAAAAUGGAGAAAAGCAACAGAAGAUAAAAAAGAAACACCACAGCUAGAUGAAUGCAACAUAAGUGCCCAGGAAAAGUUGUGCAAUAACAAAGAAAUAUCAACAGAAUAUGAAAACACUAAAAGCAGAGAAUCUACCGUUACUUCUGUCAACCAAGUCUGUGUUAGAAAUAACGGAUGUGAAACUGAAACUCAGAACACUGUGCUGAAUGGUCAUGGAGAACACAUACCUCAAAAGAAAGAUGGAGAAAUAAAGAUGAAUAAUGUUGAGAACUAUGGUGCUAAAAAUCAAAACAAGGAGCACCUCUCAGGACUGGAUCCAGACAGAAGAAAGUCCCGCAGAAUGAGAAAGCUUUUUUACAAAGACGGUGAAUCAGAGAGGGACGAGAAAUAUCUGAGAAGUCACAGGAGUAAUGGUGGAACUAUCAAAGGUACAAAGUAUAAUUUAAGAAGCAGAAGAAGCCCCUCUUCAGAAUCAUUCUUACAGAAAUUAGACACUUCUGAAAAGAAAAGGUUAUGGGAGAAACUCUUACCCAUUGCUAAAAAACUGAGGAAGUUAAAUGUUGAAAGUAAUGGACAUACUCUUUCUACCUUCACCAUCCCAUUCGAUUAUAAGGACAGUGACGACGACUUUUUGGUUGAUGUUUUAUUGUCCCAUGUUCUUGACGUUCAACAAAACCCAAGUCUGACUCACUAUUCUUCUGAAGGUGACGGAGAGGACGAUUACAACCAUGGCGACGAAAUAGCCCUCCUUCUUAAUCUAGUGAAGAGAGUUGUAAGACAGUUUACCUCCUCACUGGACAAGUCUCAUUUUAGUGCAGCUUUUGACUCAACGAACCCCUCUGUCAAUUGUUGUUCAAAAAGUGAUUCAGUGGAGAGUUCAAAAAGUAGUGACUCAAUAGAGAUUAGUGACAUUGUUGAGAAAAAGAGACAGAGAAGGUCAAAAACUAACUACAUAAAUCACAUGUCAUUUGGAAAAGACUACGAAGAGGGACAGGCAAAAACUUUUUACGUUAGUCCUCCCUCUGAUGGAAACUAUUACGUUGUUAACUAUCCGUCCCAGCCACUCAUAAAAGAGUGCCCUAUGUGUUACUUUCGCGUGUUCCCUUCAAUGUUUUCCCUAAAUCUAGUCACAAAUUUAGCAACAACUAAGUGUGUAGGUUGUAUGUUAACUAUUUAUGUUGUUCAAGAGCCAAGCAAAAAUAAUUCACUUCCAAAGAUAGUUUUCAGGAGAGAUGACUCUUCUGAAAAUGACCACGAAGAAGCAAAACCAGCUCGUUUUAAGAGCCGUACUCAAAAGUGGCAGAGAAAAGUCAACGUCAGAACCUUUUUUAAGCAGUGACGGGAAUAUAUUUUUUUUUGGGGGGGCCAGUAAAAGUAAACAACCUAUGUCAGUUUUAGUAAAUUCAGUAGCCAAAACUCUUUUUGAGACGCAUGAUCUCGAGUAUGACCAGUGAAUAUGAAAGACGAUAACUUUCCUAGAAGAGUUGUGCAAGUAAUGAUGUUCGUCCAACAGAGGGCAGUGCAGAUGCUGUGAACCUCAACUCUAAACACCAAAUAGUUUUCUUUUCCAGCCAGUAUUGUUAAGUACCUAGACCAAAGUUGACUGUGAUUUCAUUUCUCCGCAUAUUGUGAAAGUGUUGUCCUACAAGUGUCAUUUUUUUAUACCGAAUACAUUCAUCACAAGCUUAAA